AUGGCUCGAUCUCCGGUUAAUAAAAGGCAUUGCAAACUAAGGAAACUUUUGUUGUGUCAACAAACAACAAAUAACAUGUUACUCUUUGUACUCGCCAACUACUAUGUUGUUAUUUGUUCCUACAUUCGAUAUAAGAUUCGUGAAAUCAAAACAAAGGAUGAAAAAAUAAUGGAUAGGAUGAAAUGGAUGUUUAGGUUGACAAUGGAAAGUGAUUCUGUUUGUAUUAGUGAACUUCGUAUGGAUAGAGCAACCUUUAGGGUACUAUGUGAUAUGGGUUGCUUAGGAGCUUUGGAUGGGACUUUAGUUAAAGUUACACCUCCUAGUGACGAAAAGCCUCGUUAUCGCACAAGAAAGGGUUGCAUUUCAACUAAUGUUUUAGGUGUUUGCUGCCCCAACAUGCAAUUCAUAUAUGUUUUGCCCGGUUGGGAAGGUUCUGCGCAUGAUGGUCGUGUGCUUCGAGAUGCAAUCUCAAGGCCUCAAGGCCUAAGAGUUCCUCAAGGUUCUUAUUAUUUGGUUGAUUCUGGAUAUUGUAAUGCUAAUGGUUUUCUUGCACCUUAUCGGGGACAACGAUAUCACCUAAAAGAGUUUAGYRGCCAUCKACCAAACACUGCUGAGGAGUACUUCAAUAUGAAACACUCAAAAGCAAGGAAUGUGAUUGAGAGAUGUUUUGGAUUGUUGAAAGGAAGAUGGAAGAUUCUUGCAUCCCCCUCAUUCUUCCCAAUUGAAACCCAAGUUCGAAUUAUAAUGGCGUGUUGCCUCCUACACAACUUGAUUCGAAAGUUUAUGAGCCAUGAUCCCCAAGAGUCGGUCCUUGAAGAUGAAGGAGAAGAAGAAGAAGAAGAAACAAAUAGUGAGGAUGAAA